AUGGGAGAUGCGUCCGGCCCUACGGCCAUGCUGAUGCCUGACGUCAGCAGCGGGAACCUCUUCAUCCACCCGUCGGAUUUCCAUCACGGGAGCAUCGAUGGCCACGCAGCCGUCGAUUCCUUCCGCCAGGCUUUUUUCACCGCUCAGCUCGACCGCACCAUCCUUGAUAAGACAUUCUCCGACAAGGUCACUGUCGACGUUGUCUCCGAGCCGGCGAGUUACGAGGAAGGCUACGUGUACGACCCCACGGCGCCGAUUCCGGCAGACGCGACGGACGUGGUGUUAGUACGUCACGGCGAGACGUUUUGGAACCACGACCACCGCCUGCAGGGCCAGCUGGACACCGAGCUCAACGCCGCGGGCCUCGCGCAAGCUCAAGCUGUACGUUUCGUCGCAGCAGCUGAUGCUUCCCGUUCUUUUCAAACAUUUUACGUCGCGGCGCGCUUCGCCACGUGGGAAUUUCCCUUUUGCGCCAUCUACGCGUCGGACCUUCGCCGCGCCGCGGACACCGCGCAGGCCAUUGCGGACCGCGCGGGAUUCCCGGGGAUUGUGAAGGACGUGGGGCUGCGCGAGCGCCACAUCGGACACCUUCAGGGCUGCCUGGCCCACGAGGCGCCUUUCAAACAGCCCGAGGCGUUAAAGGCGUUUCAGUCGUCUGAUCCCACUGUCACCAUUCCUGGCGGCGGGGAGAGCAUGGCUCAACUGGUCGAGCGGACGAGCAAGACCGUGGAGAAGAUCGCUCGCCGUCACCGCGGCAAGCGCGUGGUUGUUGUUUGCCAUGGCGCCGUGAUGAUGGCGCUGCAUCGCCACGCGUUGAGGCAUGACUCGUCCAUGGGGGUCAUCAACGCGUCGAUCAAUGUCGUCCGCCUGUCUGAUGAUCACACGUGGCGUGUCCUCCACUGGGGCGAUGUGAAGCAUCUGGAUGGGGUGGAAUUCGACCAUGACGGCUUUGGUGGUGGCAAGGACUCCGCUCGAGACUUGUAA